AUGUACCUGCCCAUGUAUGCGACUUUUGCAUCGUGCUGGAUGCAUGCCUACAGCCAAGCACGGCCAGAUGCGAUUGGCAAGUACGCCGAGUACGCCGCGGCUCGGCGCGCGCGGGAGACGUUCGCGUUGUAUAUGUCAGUUAGUGGAGAUGCGUAUGGAGCGAAAGAGCCAAUCUUCUGCUACUACAAGAUUGCGCUGAUUCACUUGCUUCUUGUCUCUGCGACGUGCAGCACAACGCUAGCGGCCGCGGCUCCGGUGCGCUCGUUCCGGCGGAACCUGGCCUCCUCCUCGGCGUCCAAGCGGCCGCCCGCCGACCCACGCAACGGCGCCGACGACAAGACCGGCUACAAGGGCAUGUUCGUGAAGGUGAACAUGGACGGCGUCCCCAUCGGCCGCAAGGUGGACCUAAAGGCACAGGGCGACUACGGCAACCUCUCCGUCGCCGUCGACCGCCUCUUCCGGGACCUCCUCGCCGCUCAACGGGAUCAGAGGUCCUGCGCGGAGGGGAACCAGCCGUCGAUCACCGGACUGCUGGACGGCAGCGGUGUGUACAGACUGGUGUACGAGGACGACGAGGGCGACCAGAUGCUGGUCGGCGAUGUCCCAUGGGACAUGUUCAUCGCCACGGCGAAGAGGCUGCGCGUGCCGCGGAGCUCGGAUCUUAAAGCUCCCUCGCUACGAGCGGCGCUGAGCCGGAAGAGGGGAGCAGCUGAUCAGUGCUGAGCUAUCUAUCUAUCUCCGUUUUAUUUUUGUACUCUUGGCUAAGCUCUGCUAGUAUCGAUCUGUAUAAAAUUUGCC